GUUGUUCGUUUUUGUUGCUGCUGGGGAAUGUUUUCUAAGACGCACCGGAAACAGCGUGGGGUUAUUGAAGCAUUCUCAAGAUCUUUUGAACUUAGUGAAUGACCUAUCAGCAAACAUCAUAGCACCAUCCACCAAGUAAAGAAGAUGUUGAGAAAUGCCUCCGCACAGAUACUUAAACAGUUUGUCCGACAUAGGACCACAGAUUCAAGUCUGAUCUUGGAGAGAUCUAUUAACAAGGUGCAGCUUCUUGGGCGAGUGGGGCAAGACCCCGUCAUGAGACAGGUGGAGGGCAGAAACCCCGUCACCAUCUUUUCCAUGGCAACAAACGAGAUGUGGCGGUCUGGGGAGGGAGAACCCACAACUACAGGAGAUGUCACCCAGAAAACAACAUGGCACAGAAUUUCAGUAUUCAAACCAGGCCUCAGAGAUGUGGCGUAUCAGUAUGUAAAGAAAGGGUCUCGAAUUCUUGUGGAAGGAAAGCUUGAUUAUGGAGAGUACACGGAUAAAAACAACGUCAGGCGACAGGCAACAACUAUUAUUGCAGAUAAUAUUGUGUUUUUAAGUGAAAACCUGCGGGACCAGUAGUGAAGACGCCUUCCCAGGCUUUAGGAACCAAAAGAGGAUAUUUUGUAUAGCGUUAUUCUGCUCACUGACAUUAACUCUGAGUAUCUUAGUGCCUGCCCUUAACAGUCAUACAUAGGCAAAUGAAGUAAUGUUGUUGGUAUGAUUGUGUCAUGCUGUUUUAGUCGCGACAGAGGGCGCUAGCAGGAUGCACUUUGAUAUGUAAACACAUGUUCCAGUCCCAUGAACUGGAUUUGAUAAAAGAAACAAAAAUGUUAAAAUGUCUCUUUUUUUGACUUCUGAAACAUAACGGAUAUGUUGGAAAGCGUAAUGUUUGAAAUUGUUUAACAAAGUCACUUCAAAUUUGUUAUGCUGUACUGUCGUCCUAAUGCUCAUGAAUAAAUGUAGUAGUUUGUCAGUA